AUGAUCUCGUUCAGCAUGUCCCCGUCGUAUCGGGUGAUCGGGUUCCUUCCCUUCCUCGCAGGCAUCAUGAAAAGUAACGUCGGGGCGAUGGCGUUGAUGCCUGUGAUUCGGGCUACAGGUGCUACCAUCGGUCCCAUGAUCGGAGGACUCGUUGCCAACCCAUACGAAACCCGCCCCAACACGUUCGGGAAAUAUGAGUACCGGAUAACGUACCCCUACGCUUUGCCGUGCUUGGUCAUUGCCUUCUUUUGCAUCUUCUCAUGGGCCUAGGCUUUCUUCUCCCUCCAAGAGACUGAAACCGCGCCGUGUCGCUACCUCCGACGGGACAGUGCCAGAGCACAACGACCUCCCAUUCCGCGGACUGCUCAUUCGCCGUUUCAUCACCGCGGCGUCCAACCGGUGACUUGCUGCUUGCAGCGUUCGAUAUCUCACUGCGAGUGCUGCAGCCAUUCUUCCGAACUAUCCUCGUCAUUGGCGGCUUGGGAUUCACUAUCACUAUCCUCCUUUUGUGCUUCGGCACGUUUGAGUUGUUCAGCAGGAUCUAUCAAGCGACAGUGUUUUCUCUGUGCGACCGUAUUUGGGACCGAAAAUGUUUUCGUCGCCGCCGCGGACACUUUCUUCCUCAUGUUCCUGCUCUUUCCGCUUAUGGAUCUGUCGGUGCUGCAGGAGGGUUGUGUCAACGGCUUGACGUGAAGGAAGUCAGUUCUUCAGGUGGUGUUGCAUACUAUCACGGACAUGAAAUUCAGCUGUGCGUUCAUCUGCGUCCGGGUUGCCGCGCCGAACCAGCAUUCACUCGGCGUCUCGAACGGGAUCGCCAAGACGUGUGUCGUGCGCGAUCGUUGUUCUCCCCGUCACCGGGGAGAACAUGGUCGGCGGAUCGUUCGUUCAUUUGGCUAUGGCCAUGCUCUCGGCGUUACCUCCUCCUAGUCCUACGGCGUUCCUUCCGAGGACGCUCCGGCGAUUUGCGCACGACCAGCAAACUAGUCACGAGCCUUCGAGACGUGAACAGCUCUAGGAGGACAUGUGCCAGCCAGCAGUUCAGAUAGAGUCUUACUUUCACAUUUGUCCUCGUCUGGCAUCGUUUUACGACUGGACACCACUUACGUAUUGAUCAUUUUCGGGCUCACUUCGCACCAUCUCUUCUGCUCUGUUUGCCCCUCUGAAUGUCUCUUACGAGGAAGUCCAUCUGAUACUUUCAUUUCAAUCAUCGCAUGCCUUGACUGCGAAAACUAGAAUACUGUUAUCCUCCCACACGAUAAGAGACAUAGCGCAAAAUUUGUUGUGUACACGAAUUGAAAGGCAGAUGGUAACAGG